AUGAAGAUUCUGACAGCUGAAGAAAUCGAUGCUCAUAGAUCUCACACUCUGGCCGGCGGUAUUAAGGGUGCCGUUGCUGGGCUUCUCAUCUCCGGAGCUAUCUUUAAAUUCGCUCCUAUGAGAUAUCCAAAAUUUAACCCUAAAGCCAUGACUUACUCUGUGAAGACCGCAUUGUUCAUCACACCUCCAACUCUUUUAACGGCUAUCUGUGCCGAGGAAGCUUCGAACAAAUUCGACGAGCUUAUGUACAGCUCUGGUCCCGAAUCUUCGCAAGCCAUUGAAGAAUACCAGAGAUGGAAGAACCUACCUCUCAAGCAAAAGUUUGUAGAAGGUUUAUCCAACCACAAAUACAAGAUCAUCACUGGUCUCUGGGCCGCAUCGCUGUACGGCUCGUGGGUCAUGGUCAACAGAGACAAGAUCAUGACUACGACCCAAAAGGCGGUGCAAGCAAGAAUGUACGCUCAAUUUAUCACCGUGGCUCUGCUGCUGGCUUCGAUGGGUUUGAGUAUGUAUGAGCAAAGUCUGAACCCAAACAAGCAGAAGAGCAACGAACAGCGUCGUUGGGAUAGACUUCUGGAGGAAGCCGAGAAGGAGGAGAAGGCUGAGGCUGCAAGGAAAACCGCCACUGGUUUCGCUUCCAACCAGGAAAGAGUUAACGCCAAGAUAUACAAGUACGAUUGA